GCGGAUCCUGCUGGUGGGAGAACCUAGAGUUGGGAAGACAUCACUGAUUAUGUCUCUGGUCAGUGAAGAAUUUCCAGAAGAGGUUCCUCCCCGAGCAGAAGAAAUCACCAUUCCAGCUGAUGUCACCCCUGAGAGAGUUCCAACACACAUUGUAGAUUACUCAGAAGCGGAACAGAGUGAUGAGCAACUUCAUCAAGAAAUAUCACAGGCUAAUGUCAUCUGCAUAGUUUAUGCUGUUAACAACAAGCAUUCUAUUGAUAAGGUCACAAGUCGGUGGAUUCCUCUCAUAAAUGAGAGAACGGACAAAGACAGCAGGCUGCCUUUGAUAUUGGUUGGGAACAAAUCUGAUCUGGUGGAAUAUAGUAGUAUGGAGACCAUCCUUCCUAUUAUGAACCAGUAUACAGAAAUAGAAACCUGUGUGGAGUGUUCAGCAAAAAACCUGAAGAACAUAUCAGAGCUCUUUUAUUAUGCACAGAAAGCUGUUCUUCAUCCUACAGGGCCCCUGUACUGCCCAGAGGAGAAAGAGAUGAAACCAGCUUGUAUAAAAGCCCUUACUCGUAUAUUUAAAAUAUCUGAUCAAGAUAAUGAUGGUACUCUCAAUGAUGCCGAACUCAACUUCUUCCAGAGAAUUUGUUUCAACACUCCAUUAGCUCCUCAAGCUCUGGAAGAUGUCAAGAAUGUAGUUAGAAAACACAUAAGUGAUGGUGUGGCUGAUAGUGGAUUGACAUUGAAAGGUUUUCUCUUUUUACACACGCUUUUUAUCCAGAGAGGGAGACACGAAACUACUUGGACAGUGCUUCGACGAUUUGGUUAUGACGAUGAUCUGGAUUUGACACCUGAAUAUUUAUUCCCCCUGCUAAAAAUACCUCCUGAUUGCACUACUGAAUUAAAUCAUCAUGCAUAUUUGUUUCUCCAAAGCACCUUUGACAAACAUGAUUUGGAUAGAGACUGUGCUUUGUCACCUGAUGAGCUUAAAGAUUUAUUUAAAGUUUUCCCUUACAUACCUUGGGGGCCAGAUGUGAAUAACACAGUUUGUACCAAUGAAAGAGGCUGGAUAACCUACCAGGGAUUCCUUUCCCAGUGGACACUCACCACUUAUUUAGAUGUACAGCGAUGCCUGGAGUAUUUGGGCUAUCUAGGUUAUUCAAUAUUGACAGAACAAGAGUCUCAAGCUUCAGCCAUUACAGUAACAAGAGAUAAAAAGAUAGACCUGCAGAAAAAACAAACUCAAAGAAAUGUGUUCAGAUGUAAUGUAAUUGGAAUGAAAAACUGUGGGAAAAGUGGAGUUCUUCAGGCUCUUCUUGGAAGAAACUUAAUGAGGCAGAAGAAAAUUCAUGAUGAUCAUAAAUCAUACUAUGCGAUUAAUACUGUUUAUGUUUAUGGACAAGAGAAAUACUUGUUGUUGCAUGACAUCUCAGAAUCGGAAUUUCUAACUGAGGCUGAGAUCAUUUGUGAUGUUGUGUGCCUGGUAUAUGAUGUCAGUAAUCCCAAAUCCUUUGAAUACUGUGCCAGGAUUUUUAAGCAACACUUUAUGGAUAGCAGAACACCCUGCUUGAUCAUAGCUGCAAAAUCAGACCUGCAUGAAGUUAAACAAGAAUACAGCAUCUCACCUACUGAUUUCUGCAGGAAACACAAAAUGCCUCCACCUCAAGCCUUCACAUGCAAUACUGCUGAUGCACCCAGUAAGGACAUCUUUGUUAAAUUGACAACAAUGGCCAUGUAUCCAGAGGAUCAUUACAGAGACAGACUCUCCCGAGACACGGGCAACACUGAUAGAAUAGAGAAUUUGAGAAAAGUCUGGGUCUUUCUAAAAACUGCUUUCCAUGCCCGGUUACGCUGUAUGUGCACCUGCAACAGGUGUACAUUUUGCAUCUGUCAGAACUUCCUCAACUCAGACUUGCUGCAAUCUGUAAAGAACAAAAUCUUCACUGCAGUUCUUAACAGGCACGUGACACAAGCUGACCUCAAGAGCUCUACGUUUUGGCUUCGAGCAAGUUUUGGUGCUACUGUGUUUGCAGUUUUAGGCUUUGCUAUGUACAAAGCAUUGCUGAAACAGCGAUGAUUAAAAAAAAAUACGGGCCCUACCAAAAACAUUACUUUUAUGUACAUUCUGAACGCUUUAAAUUCUGUUAGAAAUAUUGAGAUAUUUAUACAUGCAGAGUUACUUUAUUAAUAUUUGUAAUUCAUGCAUAAGAGUAUUUUAAUGAUAGUUAUAACUGCAGUAUUGGCUAGCAUAUGGAAAGAAAUCAGCUAACAGCCAAACUAAAAUGGCUAAAUUUCAGAGGCCAAAAGGGAAUAUUUUGUAAAUAAUGUACAUAUUCAAGCAAGAUAUGAUCUCGCAAUUCCUAUGAGUUCUGGAAAUGAUCUUUCUAGACGUUUCUAAAUGGUAUUGUUAGUGCUCACUUGGCUCACUCUCCUAGGUUUAAGUCAGCCCAGAGAUUGUAUUUACUGUGGAUCACUUAUUUAUUUCACAUUUACUCAGAAUGCUCCUUUGGGUUCCAUAAGUACAUGAGGCACAAUUUGCCAUUUUCUCUCCGUUUUUAAUAACACUCAAGUCAGUGUCAGCUUACCAACAUGACUUUCUUCCAGUCGUUUAAUGGUAAGCCAGUCUGGAAGCCAUCAUGCGCUCUAGAAAAUUGUGUAGCUGAGUGUGCGGCUCUCCUUUAAGAAAGAAGUAAAGUAACAGCAAUUAGUAGAGGCACCACUUAUGUGAUUAUGUUGCUUCCUUUGUCAGUAUGUUGAAUUUUAUAGCCCUUUCAAUCAAAUGAGAAAAACAAUUUGUAUAUUAUCAAUGUUUUUAGUUUCAAUAAAGAGUCACCCUUACUACUGUCAAAUUUCCUCCCAAAGUGUAAAUCAUUCUAUAAAUGGCUGUGUCUAGUACAGUAUAUAACAGUAGCUGCAUGUAUCAUGAAGUGUUCUAUAUCUGGCUAGGAUAACCUAGAGGCAGCACUUUUUUAAAUGAUAAAAUAAAUCUAAUGAAUAUAAACUCUCACGAUAAACCUAUUUUUUUCAUCAUCGACCUUUUCAAGUAUUUAAAUAAAUAACUGCUGUGUACUGUGA